CAGUAUAAUUUUAUUAGCAACGAAUCACGCGCUUCAUCGUUCCAACAACCAACUUCACAGUAAAACAUGAAACUGCUGCUGUCCAGCUGCUUCCUUUUGUUCGCGUUUGCGGUGUUGAUUCACGCGGAUAGCAAUCAAUGGGGACGCCGAGUGCCGGGCGACAGAUUGCUUAAUUCAACCACCAUCGUGAAUAACUCUCUUCCGGUUCCGAUCAAAUCCACCGUUUAUCAGCACCUACCACCGCCAGGCGCUGUACGGCCUCCCAAGCUGAGCUACAUUGUGGCCCGGGACAAUGUGAAACCAUCUGGUCUAGGCGGUUUUGCAGCACUGAUAUCUGGCGGUAUCAAUCAGACGAGAGCCUCCGUUAAGCUCACCUCACGACCGAACUUGGGCUUCAACUUCACCGUUGAGGUGUACGGAAAAUAGUAGCAGCAGGUAUAGGAGGAACGGUUAAGCAUUCGAUGUUUUGCUUGCAAAUUAUCUGAAUAAAUUCAUUCGAAAGUGA